CUUGAAUUUCCCUGUUAUUUCAGGAAUGCGGAAUAGAGAACAGUUAACAAGCAUUCAGCACCAUGUCAGAGAUAUUCCUGCAGGAAGAUAUAACCACUCUGCUGGAUAAUCGCUUUAUUGUCAUCAUUGGUGAUUCAAUCCAGAGGGCUGUGUACAAGGAUCUGGUGCUCUUGCUUCAACGAAACAAGUAUCUGAGCGAUGGCCAACUACGAAGCAAGGGAGAGAUUACCUUCUCCGGUGACAAGCUGAUUGAAGGUGGUCAGUAUGGCAAGAUGACCAAUGGUGUUGGGUAUAGAGAGGUCCGCCAGUACCAGACGGAUUUCCACCUUAUCAGGUUCUACUUUGUGACGAGAUGCUACAAUUCCUAUGUGGAAUCUAUACUGUCAGACCUUUCCAAGGAUCCGCUGCCUGAUGUGAUCCUCAUGAAUUCCUGUCUUUGGGACAUCAGCAGAUAUGGAAACCGCUCAGUAGACCACUACAAGGACAAUCUAGCCACCCUGUUCCGACGUAUGAAGGAGGCUCUACCUGAGACAUGCCUGGUAAUCUGGAACAUGACGUUACCAAUAUCUAAGCAGGCGCGGGGCGGAUUCCUGAUACCCCAGGUGGAGUACAUGAACAGCAGUCUCCGCCUUGAUAUACUGGAGGCAAACUUCUUUGUACAUAAGCUGGCCCUGUCUUAUGGCUUCAACACUCUGGACCUUCACUAUUACCUGAGACACCAGCUCCAAAGAAGGGCAGGUGAUGGCGUGCACUGGGACAUGACAGCACACAGGCGCAUGACAAACCUGAUACUGAGCCAUGUAGCGCAAGCAUGGGGGCGGAAGCCGCCAGAAAAUGCCAGCCGGGUUCUCACCAUGCAAAGGGCAGGAAAUGCCAACAAGAGACCCAUCCGUGCUGGUGAAGAUUUCACGUUUAACUGCAACGCAAACAUGAACAACAACAACAACAACAGAUCAAAGUACAGCAUCAACAACAACCUGUUGCCUCCAAGUUGCAAUCAGAACGUUCAGGGUCCAAUCACCAACCAAAUCAACAUCAACAUCGCCAACAACUAUGUAAAGAAUAACGCUCGCCAUGACAGGGACCAAAUUAAAUCCCAGCAUAAGUAUCUACUUGAAAAGCCUAUUCCACAAUUGGACCCCUUGCAGUUCAGGAACUUAAACAACCAACCGGUGGCACAGACACAUGCUCCUGCAAGGACCAAUUAUAACGCCUACGGAAGAAACAAUAAUGCUGCCGCUGUUCCUGGGAUGGUUCACAAUGACCACUUCCUCCCACCAGGCCAGUUUUCUAAAAAUGAUGUGAACCUCUAUGGAAAAAGCCAAGCAGCAAACAUCAAUCGCUAUGGUGGUCCAAUCAGAAAUGUGAAUUUCACAGGGACGAAUGUUGGCGAGAUGUUUACGGGUCAGCAGUUUGACUGGACGCCAUAUGAGAACCAGCAGUUACAGGGUCAGUGGGGGUCAUACCAGGAUAACGUACAAAGUGGGGACCACACCCGUACUGUGCCUUAUGCCAGGAGUGGGCACAGAUAG